CAUGCCGGAAACCGGAAGCGCCGGUCUGGGACCGGGUGACGUGUUAAAGAGUGGGAACUGUGUGGGAGCCCAGUCAGCCGAGCGGCCGCCAUGGAGGCGCUUUAUCACCAGACCAACAAGCAGGUCCAUGAGGUCCAGUCAUACAUGGGCCGCCUCGAGACAUCAGAUAAGCAGUCAGUCCACUUGGUGGAGAACGAAAUCCAGGCGCGAAUAGACAGGAUCUUCAGCAACUUGGAACGGUUGGAAAUCUUUUGUAACAAGGAGCCUCCUAGCAAGCGGCAGAACGCCAAGCUACGAGUCGACCAGCUGAAAUACGACAUCCAGCACCUUCAGACGGCGUUGAGGAACUUCCAGCACCGGCGUUACGCACGGGAGCAGCAAGAGAGGCAGCGGGAAGAGCUUCUGGCCCGAACAUUCACCACUAACGAUUCUGACACCACCAUUCCGAUCGAUGAAACCUUGCAGCAUAACGAGUCCCUCCAAAAUGCUCACCGUGGCAUGGACGAUCUCAUUGGCAGCGGGACCAGCAUUCUGCAGGGUCUGAGGGAUCAGAGAAUGACAUUAAAGGGCACCCAGAAGAAAAUCCUGGAUGUUGUAAACAUGCUCGGCUUAUCCAACACAGUUAUGCGCCUCACUGAGAAACGCGCCUUCCAGGAUAAGUACUUCAUGAUCGGAGGCAUGAUCGUGACCUGCGUGCUCAUGUUCCUCGUAGUGCAGUACCUGACGUGAGCGGCGAGCGAACUUCCCAGCGGACUGUGACGGACUUGACUGCCUUUCUUCAUAGACUCCCAGCGUAUCGGCGAACCUCCUGCCUUCCGGACUGGUCAUGUUCUCUCCUUACGGCAUCGUGAGAUGGCUCAGAUUUGGCAUACGUGGACUCGGGUGCUUGGUGCCGAGGUGUGCUUACAAAGCCACACGGCGCUCAGACGCAAUGUCAUUCCUCAGCCAGGUGGUGGGCUGUCUGUCUGUGCCCCACGCAGGUUUAGCGGACAUUGGCAUGCGGUUGUCAUGCGCUGCUCAUGUGAGCGGUGCACAUUCAUGUGGUCACAGGACCCCCGUGCAAUCGUGACGGAAUCUAAGAAAACUGCACGACCGUGCAGUCCGUGGAACUGCAGACCCUCUUGGCGUUCUUAUGAACCAGGUUACAUACGUGAACGUUGUGGUCAGCUGAGCGGUUUUGAUUUAUUUUACCUUAAUAUAGUCCUAGGAGGCAAGGAGAGUAUUUUCCCGCCAUGGCUGAAACAAGUAGAAAUCUUCACGGGCCAAAAAUAUCUCUUUUUUUUCGGAA